CUCAAGUCAAAAGCAGCGGGCAUUCGGGCAGGAGAAGACUGGAUUUAUUAAGAGGGGUGGUGUGGCAGGGAAGGGCAAUCCUCGAACUCGUUGGUACACCCUGUUGUGUCAGAGGAUAUGUCGGCUUUCGGCCGGAACGGCGGUCUGCUGCUCUUCAUACUUGUGACGGUAUCGGCGGCAGGGGCUGCUUCUUUGGAGAAGCUGUUGGAGGUACUUCAGGGAGGGACGUCGGCGACGCCCCUGCAGCAGCGGUGGCCGAGGCACGCGCCUCCUCCGUAUAUGUUGGAACUUUAUCGGUCUGUAGCUGCACCCGAUGGAUUGACAGUUUCUCCGACACCACAUCGGGCUAAUGUGGUCAGGUGCUUUGCUGACAGAGAAUCAAGGCAUCGUUCUCACUUCUUUUUUAAUAUUUCAAUGGAAAAAUCCGACAAACUACUUGAAGCUGAAUUCCAUGUAUAUAAAAUGAAACCAAGAACUAAAGAAAAAAGAAAAGCCAAAACGCUGAAAUCACAAUUAUUAGAGCUAAAAGUCUAUCAAGUGUUGCCUCCUGUGAAAUCUAAAAGGAAGAAGCGAAAAAGAGUUUUGGAAACCCGAAGAAUCAGCCUUCAUUCAACUGGGUGGGAGAUAUUUUCAGUGAAACAAGCUGUUGCUGAUUGGAUAAAAGAUAAUGAAUUAAAUCUUGGUCUAACCAUAAGUAUUCGAAGUCUUGAUGAUGAGCCAGUUCCAAAAGGACUAGUGAAGUUUGCAAAAGGCAAUCGAAGUAAUAAACUACCUCUAUUAGUUUUAUUUGUGGAUGACAGUCGGCAAACAGUUGGUAAAUUUGCACCUUCUUCUGAAGGUUUGGAAGCAAAUUUUUCUACCAGUUCGGAUCUUACAAGAACUAAGAGGGGAGACGUAAUUAGUUUAGGGUCACAUUCUGACAAAAACGGAUCGUGUUCGAGGCACGAUCUCUACAUCGACUUUGACCGUAUUGGAUGGGCAGCCUGGAUUAUCAGCCCAAAAGGCUACAAUGCUUAUCAGUGCAAAGGUGACUGUUCCUUUCCCCUGGGACAAAAUCAGCGUCCCACAAAUCACGCCACAGUGCAGAGCAUAGCACACGAACUGGGUCUAACGAACGCUGUGAAAUUGCCAUGCUGUGUUCCGGACAGACUACUCUCCAUCUCGCUCUUGUACUUCGAUGAAGUGGGGAAUGUGAUAUUGAAACAGUACGAUGACAUGGUAGCCAUGGGUUGUGGUUGUCACUGAAGUCAUAGUGUGACAUCAUGUUUACAAAAUUUGCUUAUAAUAUUGCAAAUAAAGCGUUGCUUUUAUUUGUAUACAAUGAUGAGAUGUGUGUUGUCACGUAAACGCACUCUAAAAAUGAAUAAACUUCCCGGGACCCUUCAAUGUCUUAAGGUUAUCUUAAGUCUGUCAAGAAAGAUAUUUAAAUUCACACAAAUUUAUUUAAAAAUGUUUAAAAUAAAAUAUAAAUGUGUAAGUCGUUGCUUAUAUCAUGAUUUGAAAAAUCAAUUACGUCGUUCUUUAUGCGAUUUAAAAUAUUUGUUGAUGCUUUAAAACUUCUUAUAAAGACAAUGCUACGAACAAUUAUAUAUUUCAUGGAACAUUUUUUUCCAUCCUCCGUAGCAUAUGUAAUAGCAAAAGUACGUCAUUUAAAAAUUUGAUUUUUGAUUCAAUAAAUUCGAUGUAAAAUGAUCACGACUUGUAUAUAAUUCGAACAUGUAUAUGACAAAGAAUGACCUGAUAAUCGAACGGUUAUAUUUUCUU